AAAAAAAAGUGAACUAUUUUUAUAGGACACAAACCCACCCAGUACCCACUUCUUAUUAGCCCGACCCGAACCACUCGACAGCUCAAACCGCUCCCAUUCAAAUUGCAGUUUGAGUUGGCCAUCGCCAGAUUCGCCACAAUCCAAAUUCUAUCAACGUUUCAAUAUUUUUUCCCGAUAAAAUCACAGGUUCACAAACCCUAAUCUCUCAGCUUGCAAAGUUUGGAGCUGUGAGACUCUGAUUCAUACCUACAGAGGUAUUCCUUUUGCGCAUUUGUCUUUAUUUUUCUUGCACAAAUGUCGCAUCACACAAGGAGUGAUAGUGAAAACUCUUCAGACAUUGAGGAACUCUUACAGAUUGGAACUAGAUGUAGAGAGUUAAGGAAAGAAAAGGACAUGCUGAAAGAUUCACAGUCCCAAAGCUUCGAAAUGAUCCGAAGACUAGAACUACAUGUGAAUUCAUUGUCAAAGGCUCAUACAGAAGACAAGAAACACAUUCAAAAGUUGGAAAAAGAGCUGUUGAACUGCUCUCAAGAAAUAGAUUACCUGCAGGAUCAACUAAAUGCAAGGAACACAGAGGUGAACCGCCUGGAAGAGCAUGUACACAACCUUGAGCUGAAAUUAGCAGACAUGGAAGAUGUACAGGAGAAGGUUAACAGGUUAAGGGAGGAACUGAAGAGGUCUGAUUUGGAGCGCUUGUUCUUGAUGCAGGAACUGGAAAGCAAAGAAGUAGAUUUACAAAAGUCAACUUUGUGUAUAGAGAAACUAGAGGAGUCAAUUUCAUCGAUGGCAUUAGAGUCUCAAUGUGAAAUAGAAAGCAUGAAGCUUGAUAUCAUGACCUUGGACCAGAGUUGCUUCGAGGCUAAGAAAAUCCGGGAAGAAACUGUUGAAGAAAAAGCUAGGAUGAAUGAGUUGAUUCAAGAGCUUGAGGUUCAGUUUCAGGAUGCACAAAAAAUUAUCGAAUGUCUAGAUAAGGAAAAUAAGAAACUGAAGGAGAAGCUGGAUACAUCCGAAAUGAAUGCUAGAGUAUUUUAUCAAAGGAUUGAAGAAUGGCUGGCAAACAAGAUGAGUACAUCUAAAGAAAUGAGCACUUGUGGAGAAGUCUUGGGUCCAAUCCUUUCCAAAUUGGCAGUGGUAUCAGGACCAGAUGCAGAUUCAAGAAUGAAGAUGGAAAAGAUGUCACGACAAGUCCAAGAAUAUGAACUGCUUGUGAAGCAACUUAAGGAAGAAUUGAGAGAGGAAAAGUUGAAAGCAAAAGAAGAAGCAGAGGACCUAGCUCAAGAAAUGGCUGAGCUAAGGUACCAAAUUACAGGUUUGCUUGAAGAAGAGUGCAAGCGCCGUGCUUGCAUCGAACAUGCAUCUUUGCUGAGAAUUGCUGAAUUAGAGGCACAGGUUCAAAAAGAAAAUAGAAAAUCCUUUGCUGCUGUCAUGCACCUCCAUGAAGUAUAGAGAUGUUGGUAUCAAAAGCUGUAGGGGUCCAUGUAGAGAAGAAGUUAUUGAGGGGUUAUAUGUGAUGCUCUCCACACAGAAACAAUGUGUGAAGCUGUCAAGACUCAAGACUACCAUCCUCUGGAAGUCUUUCUUUCUAUGCAUUGCUUUGUGAAAGAACUUCAGAAAGCAAAACUUGAUCGAGUACUGCAGAUGAUGCAGCACUUUGUAAAGCAGCCAUAUGUACCAAGGCAUUGAAGAGAGGUUAGGGAAGGUGUGUUGUGUCAUGAGUGGAAUUUGUAUGGAUAAAAUUGUUUGUUACAGCAGCCAUGUAAUGCAUUGCAGAUGGAUAUACGGCUACAGAGUGCUUGCACUGAAAAUCCUUUUUAUUUUUGGGUAAAAGAUUCAGCAAUCGAUGCAGAUAUUUAUGCUACUGAGCACAUUAAGUUAAUAGCCAAAAUAUACUUGGUGUGAAAAAAAAAUAGUUAGAUA